CAACAGGGUCAAAGGUCACGAAUUGCUAAAGACAUGCAUGCCGGAAGAGCAACAUGCACACGUGGGCCUACGGGAGAGAAAAGAAAGCCAACUGGAUGUAUCAGUGUCAUGCAGUUGGAAAUUGGGAAGUGGAUGCAUUUAAGCCAACGUUUUGAAAAUGCUGAUUUGUGGAUGUUGACAGUUUAAUAUCCAAUAAAUCAAAAUGAGAGGACAGCGGUUGAAAGUGAGACUCUUCUCAUCAGUGGCACUUCCUUCCUCAUCUCAUCGUCUUCAGCAUCCCGUCAAAAUCAUCGCAAGGCAUGUCAUUUACAGAUACGCAAGUCAGUCAGCGUCAUCUGUAAGUGGGGUUUCGGAAAGACAGAAGCUAGUGAUUUUAGGGACCGGUUGGAGCAGCUACAGUGUCCUGAAGAACAUCAACAAGACGCUGUACGAUGUCAUCGUGGUCAGUCCGCGCAACCAUUUCUUGUUCACCCCUCUGCUGGCGAGCACAACUGUCGGAACUCUUGAAUUCAGGAGUAUCAUUGAGCCAGUAAGGAACACAGGCUUCAGGAAAACUGAUCAUUUUCAUUUGAGUGAAGCUGUUGGUCUUGAUGUGGACAAAAAGGAGCUUUAUUGUCAGAGUGUUAUCAAACCAGACAUGACCUAUCCCCUCAGCUAUGACAAGCUAGUUAUCGGGGUGGGUGCUGUCAGUAACACUUUUGGUAUCCCUGGGGUGAUGGAACAUGCAUUCUUCCUCAAGGAAGUGAGCGAUGCCCGAGCCAUCAGAAAUCGCAUCCUGAACAACUUUGAAUGUGCUCUACAUCCCAGCAUCUCACAAGCAGAGAGGGAAAAACUACUCCAUAUUGUCAUCGUAGGUGGGGGACCGACAGGGGUGGAGUUUGGGGCAGAGCUGUAUGACUUUGUUAGGGAGGAUGUGUCUCGUCUUUACAAGGAGGAGCAAGGCCUCAUCUGUGUCUCCCUCAUUGAGGGGCGCCAGAUUCUGUCUUCCUUCACCCCCAAGCAGCAAGAGUAUGCCGAGAUCAAGAUUCGCAACCGCCAGCAGAUGGAGCUGAUCACGGCCAACGUGACAGAGGUCAGGGCAGAUGGAGUGACCCUUAGUAAUGGCCGCAACCUGUCCAGCGAGUUGGUGGUGUGGUCAACUGGACUUUCACCAAGACCGUUUGUAAAGGAGCUUCCAUUUGCAAAGAAUAAUCAUGGUCAGAUACUCACCAAUGAGUACCUGAGAAUCUUGGAUGAUGACAGCGGCAGCGUCUAUGCCAUCGGUGAUUGCGCCGAAAUACAGGACUUCAACCUGCCCUGCACAGCACAGGUUGCAGAAAGGCAAGGAAGGUACUUGGCCCAAACCCUGAACAAGAACUCAGGGAAGGACGGCCCAUCCUUCCAGUACCAGAGUAUGGGCAUGUUGGCCUAUGUGGGGGACUACAGGGGUUUGGCCAACACACCAGUCAUCAAAGGUCAAGGAUUCUACUCCUGGUUGCUAUGGCGGUCUGCCUACCUCACACGGUUGGGCAGCUGGAGGUUAAGGAUGCAGGUGCCCAUUGACUGGACCAAGACACUGCUCUUUGGUAGAGACACAUCCAGAUUCUAAGAUUAUAAGGGUCAUAAAAGAUAGGAUUUAAUUACAUAACCUUGCGGUGUCCAAAUUCAAGAGGCAUUUAGGCAUAAAUUGCAACCUUAACAUAAAGUCUUUGUGUUGUUUGGCCUGUUAUACCUCAAAACAUUUUUAUCAGAACUCUAUGACUUGUAUUUAUAUUAUAGUGAUUAAAUUGUUAAAAAUUAUGACUACUUUAGUUUACUUUCAUAUAAAUGGAUUGAAAUACUGAGAUUAUUUCAGGUCAAAUGAUUGUAUAUUAUAUGUAGUGUUUAUGAGUCUGGUGCUAGACUAAGUGUAGUCUAUCAGUGCUGUAACUUUCUCUUGAGUAUUGGGUCAAAAUAGUUACUUCAUGGACUAUGAUUCAGGUUGGAUGUCCCAAGGCAACUAAUGCCAAAAUUGACCGGUUCAACAUGUGAUAAUGUUCAGGGUGAAAAUGUGCAUUAAUAAUUUGCCAAAUUUGUGAAAGUGGUGUGUGCACGAAUUGGCCCUCACUUGUGUGUGACUCAAUGUCUAGACAUAUGUGUAAAAUGUCUAAAAUGUGUAGAAAUAUAUUCUGAAUGAGAAA